AUGAGUGUGAAAUUGAAAUAUGAUAAAAUUGAUCAGAGAAAUGGUGAUGAUAGUGGUGGCAAUCAUAAUAAUUGUGGUAAUGGUAAUAAUGUAACAAUCGUAAUAAAGAUACAACCACAACAACAGCAACAAUUAAUUAAUGAACGUCAACAACAACAUCAACAACAACAACAAUUAAUUAAUGAACGUCAGUUACUACAACAGCAGAUUCAAUUAAUUAAACAGCAACCACAACAACAGCAACCAAUGAAUCAUACAACACCUCCAUCACCUCAUCAUUUAAGAUUUGAAUCACCAAAUGAUGUACCAUAUAUAGUGAUUAAAGCAGUUUGA